AUGUCUUUGGACGAGAAUAUAUCCCGGCUUGUUGACAUGGGAAUUGAGACAGAUAUUGCCAAGAAGGCACUUGAAGAAACAGGAAACCAACUAGAUGCCGCGAUCAACUCAAUUUAUUCCAAAAACGAUCCGGACCCUCCUAAUUAUAACGAGGCAGUUCAAGCAAAAUACAACGAAGAAAACAAUUUUCAACAUGGUAAUGAUUCCCGGAAUGUUGAGCUUGGAAGUCAUAUGUCUGCACCAAUUGAGAUUGAUGAUGAUCUAAAGAAUACGCUUUCAAAAUAUAAGAGCUAUGAGAGGGCUCCCAUUCAAUUGGAUGACAGUGAUAACAUUCAUGAAAGUAAAAUGGACUACGUGAACUUAGACAGUAGUAGUGGUGAAGGCACGGGUGGAAAUAUGAUGGGUUGGAGUUCCGAAAACAUGGAAGAUAUCUCUGCAGGGGAGUAUAAUAUGCUUGAGGAUGUACUAAGAGAGAAAAGACUACCAAAUGUUCCAGGCGUGCUUAUUCCAUUAGGAAGUGACACAUUUGAGGGUUAUAUGGCUCCAGUUUUAAUGAUAUUUGCUCAGAUACCUUCUCUUAGGGAUAUCAUAUUGAAGCACGAGUUUUUUAAUUAUGGCUUUAGCGCCAAUUGGUGGAAAGGACAACCUUGUCUACCAGAUUCAUUAGCACUACAAGAAAUCCAAAGGUUGGUUGCCUUUUUGAGCUACGAUUCAGAAAGGGCAUAUGCCACCACAAAGCUUUUGUCUGACGCUAUUUCCGAAAUAGUGGGUGAAGGUUAUGAGUCUGUUUUUGAAUUCGUCUCGUUUCUGUACAAACAAUUGACUGAUAUUCUCUCUACGACAAACUGCGAUUUUGAAAAACCGCUUUCAAAACUAUUUGAAACAAAAAUACUCUCAUUAACUUCAGAGCAUCAGGAAUCUCACCAAUGCUUUACCAUUGAGCCAAGUUACUUUCAUUCAACCGUAUAUGGAAUAAUGCAUCGUCUUUUCUGGGGCAGAGAUUUUUCUAAUAUUGGAAAAAACAGGAUGAUUAGACCGAGCGAUAUCCUUACUUUCGUAUUUGAUGCGGACGGGCAGAAUAUAUCCGGCGGCUAUCAGCUAUCACAGAAAUUUUAUCCACAAAUAUACACAGCGCCUCAUGAGGAUCUUAUAAAGGAAAAAAUCGAACAAUUAAAGGCUUUGCGAAAGAAAUCUGCAGAAAUAACUUCCGAGAUGCUCCGACUAAGAUCAUUCAAAGGCAAGAAAGUAAACUCAAUGCUUGAGGGUACAAUCAAUUAUUUAGCGAGAGAGUCGAAACAGAAGGAAGAUGCAAAAGGGCAAGAGAAGAUAGACACGAAUGAGGAAAAGUUUAAGGAAAGCAGCGAAAAUGCGGGAAUAGCGCCUAAUUUGUCAUAUUCCCAGGCGGUAAAUGAACUUACUUCAAUAAGAGACCACAUAAAUAAAACAAUCAAGGAGGAUGCUAUGAAAUUGGAGCAAAUUUCAAAGGAGCAACAAAUUGAUAUAUUCGAUGUUGAGAAGAUUUUAGGGACCGAAACAGAAUCUCUUGAGCCGUGGAUACUUGUGGGAAUUAUCUUGAAUGAUCAACAAUUCUGUGUGUUGUCGGAGCAUGACCACAACAUAUGGCGAUGCUACUUUUUCGACGGUAUGAACAACUACGAAUAUGAGGAAAUGCCAUUCCAAGAACUUCAAAGUCAAGUUAGGGUGUACUCUAAGACAACAUUUGAAAGAGGAAUGGUUUUGAUUUAUGUGAGGAAAUCGGUAUUUGAGGCUAAGUCAGAACCUGCUAAGAACACCAAUCUUGAAAAGUUUAUUGAAAAAGACAACAAUCAACUAGAAACAGAAUUACAAGAAUAUAAGAAAGAGCAUGAAAACAUAGAACAGGAAGAUGACAUGAAUAUAUCUGACAAAGAAGCAGGAGAAGGUGAUGAAACUCAGAUAGGGGAGGACUUGAUUGAUUGA